AUGAAGGCCUGGUCUAUAUUGGGGCUGGCAAGCCUAUCUGCGGCUUCCGCCAUCUCGAGUGUCGCUGUGCCCACGGCCACGACUGCUGUUAUCGCCACGGCUACUUCGAAUACUUCAUCUGCGACAACGACCUCUGUUUCAACCGCUUCGUCGGCAUCCUCCACUUCUUCAAAUGUUGUUACAGUCGCAGUAGAUGGCACUGGGCAGUUCACAGCGAUUGGAGACGCUAUCACGUACGCUCAGAGCCAUGGAAUUCCAACAGUGACCGUCCUCGCGGGUACAUACACCCAAGCAAUCACUGUUUCGGUCACCCCUACUGUGACUGUCAUUGGCCAAACCGAUGCGGCAGACGACUACGCACAGAACAAGGUCACCAUUACCACCUCCGGCACCGCUCUGACGAUCAACAACAAUGUCCAGCAAGUUAGCUUCAAGAAUCUGAACUUCGUGAAUACUCUAUCGACAUCUGGCGCCAUGAUCCUGAAGGGAAACAAGUAUGCCUUCUACGACUGCCAGAUCAUUUCCACUGGCACCCUGGGCAUUACUGCUAGCGUUGGUCUUGGCGUCAUCGCGAACUCUUAUAUCGAGGCUCUUGACAAGAUCAUUUGCCUCUACGUCUACUGCUCUACAGCCACGUCCACCACUGCUACAGCGACAUCCACGUUUGUGGUAAACCCGACCGAUGGUCCCUACAAGAAUGUGACUGCCGCUAUUGCCGCUCUGCCGAGUGAUGGCAAGGAAUACACCAUCUACGUCAUGGCGGGUACUUACAACGAGCAAAUCUCUAUCACCAGAACUGGAAAGACCAUUCUUCGCGGCGAGACCACAUUUGAAAACGAUUACACUCAGAACAAGGUCACCAUCUCAUACUCUAACGGUGUUUUGACCAGCGCGAACCAAGAUGAGGAUACCCCGAUUGUCAAUGCCAAAAACACCGACGGAAAGGGUUUAGCCAUCUACAACAUCAACUUCCAAAACACAUAUCCUCAAACCAAGAACACUGCCGCUCUUGCCGCUGACUUUUACGGCACCGUUCAGUCCUAUGGCUGUUCCUACAUUGGUUACCAGGACACUUUGCUUGCAAACAAAGGAACUCAAGUAUUCUCGAACUGCUACAUUGAGGGAUCCAUUGACUUCAUCUGGGGUUUCUCCACGGCAUACUUUUCACAGUCUGUCAUUGCGACUAACACUGCUGGCUCCUGUAUUGCUGCAAUGAGCCGCUCUUCUGCAACUGCCACCGGAGGUUACGUCUUUGACAAUUGUCUCGUCACCUACACUUCGACCUAUGGAAGCACGUAUCAAAACACUUGGCUCGGAAGACCCUACUCCUCCUACAGUCGUGUUGUGUACAAGAAUUCUUACCUCGACAAGCACAUCAACCCCGCAGGUUGGCAUAUCUGGUCAACCAGUGCUCCCCAAACUGAUUACGUGACAUUUGGUGAAUUCAACAACACCGGACCUGGCAGUUGGUCCAGCAGCCGUGCAUCAUUCGCAACAAACCUCACCGAGGCCCAGGCGGAUUCUUACUCUCUGUCAAACUGGGUCGGAGGAACCUCAUGGUUGGACAUGACUGCUUACGCCUAUGUUCCAUCUUACGAUUUGACCGGUGGUGCGAGCGCGACAGCCACCGCGACCACCUCGGCGGCAUCCACAAGCGCUACCGCAGUCUCGACUGCUUCUGCGGUCUGGGCCCAUCCGUCGAGCGGCACAACCCCUCCAACAGGUGCUGUUUUGGUCAGUGUCUCUGCAUCCGUGAAUGGAUCCUAUGGCAACCUGACCGACGCACUUGCGUCCAUUCCCGACGACACAACUACUCAAGUCAUCUUCAUGUACGCCGGAACUUACGAAGAGCAAGUGCCCUCCAUCAACCGCAAGCGACCCGUCAUGAUUGUCGGUUACACCACCGGAAACCCUGGACAAAGCUAUGCCGAUAACCAAGUUACAAUAACCUUUGCGCAUGGACUUUCCGUGUCUCCACUUCCAACCGGUCAUUCCGAUGCCGAGACAGCAACGGUCGCUACCGCAUCUACCAAGAUUGCUUUCUACAAUGUGAAUAUCAUUAACUCGGAUAACCUUGAUGGCUUGGAGUCUUCUUAUGUCACUCUGGCUGCAUCCAUCUAUGGAAACCACGUUGCAUUCUAUGGAGUCUACUUCCAAGGAUGGCAAGAUACUCUGUUGACCGGUAGUACAUCGGGAUACCAGUACUACGAGUCAUCCUAUAUCGAGGGUGCAAUCGAUUUCAUCUGGGGAUACUCGAAAGCUUACUUCAAGGGUUGCACAAUCGGAGCAAAGCGAGCAAAGUCUGCAAUCACCGCGCAAAGUCGAGCAUCAGCUUCUGCCGUUGGUGGUUACAUCUUCGAUCAGACGCUGUUCACCGCAGCUGUGGAUUCCACUGUGGAUCUCACCAACUCCGUUUACCUCGGCCGUCCCUACUCUCAGUACGCCCUCGUCGUGAUCAAGAAUUCUUACCUCACCGACGUGAUCAAUCCAUCCGGAUGGAAAGUCUGGUCGACUAGUGAUCCUCGCACUGCUGGUGUCACUUUCGCUGAAUUUAACAACACUGGCCCGGGUAACUGGGAAAACAACGAGGUUGCCCGUGAAGCAUUCAGAUACGCUACUCUGCUGACAGAGGAUACUUACUCUCUCGCCAGUGUUAUGGAUUCUAUUGAUUGGAUUGAUAUGACAUAUUGGGAUUCAAUCGAUACGCCUACCGCAGUUUCCGGAACCGCGACUACCACAGCUACAGCCACUGCGACCGCAUCGCCAACCGCCACGGCAGUAUAUGAUGGAACAACCCCUCCCACCGGAGCUUACAUUGUGUCAAAGACCAGCCUUGGGUCAAACACAACCGUGUACGAUACAAUCCAGAGCGCCCUUGAUGCUAUGCCGACUUCAUCUAAGAUCACACCCACGAUCUUCAUCUACCCUGGCACAUACGAGGAGCAGCUCGUGAUCAGCAAGUCUGGCUCUGUGACUUUGAUGGGUUACUCCGAUUCUACCUACGAUUACUCUCAGAACCAGGUCAUCGUUCAGUACAACCAUGGAAUCGACACUGGUGCGGAUCAGUCCAACUCUGAUGGAGCCACUGUUUAUGCCACUGGUAACUACUUCAAUGCCAUGAACAUCAAUUUCGUGAACAACAACGGAACUCAGAAGGAUAUUGCGACCCUUGGAUUCGCUGUCAAGUCAAGCAAAUACGCCAGUCUCUAUGGUUGUCAGGUAAAGGGAAACCAAGACGCUCUCUUGAUCAACGGUAACCUUUUCAUGAGCAACGGAUAUGUCGAAGGCAACAUUGACAUGAUUUGGGGAAGUGGAUCCGGUUACUUUUUGAACACAACCAUCUCACCCAAUGAGGAUGACAUCAAUAUCACAGCUGACAAGAGAGCUACAAGCACCACCGCUGGAGGCUUUGUAUUUGAUCAGUGCACCAUCACUCCCUCGACAGGUUCUAGGUCCAUGUCCAAAAUCUCACUCGGAAGACCAUGGAGUCAAUAUGCUCGUGUGGCCUACAUUGACAGCUACCUCAGUUCUUGUGUGGAAGCUGCUGGCUGGGAACAGUGGUCUAGCUCUAGCCCUCAGACAUCCGGUGUCACCUUUGCCGAAUAUGGCAACUAUGGUCCAGGAUCGAGUGUCUCAAAACGCGCUUCAUUCGCCUCUCAGCUCGAUGACUCGAGCGUUGCUCAGUUUGAAAUCGCAAAAUUCUUCACCACCACGUCCUGGAUCGAUUUCACCCACGUGGACGGUACUCCAUUUGUGCCGGGAACGACAACCAUCUCGACCGCCGUCUCAAGUGCACCUGUGACAAGUGCUACUUCGAUUGUCAGCUCUUCUGCCAUAAUUUCAAUGCCAACCACAACCGCCACUGUUACUGUUGAUGUUCUGUCCACUUCAACCACAGCUGCUUUGCUUACCAACACUCCGGCCGAUAAGACUUCAACGGUGAAGUCUACUAUUAUCCUGACUAUCACCCCGGAGGUCGUGACAAAGGCGACAACCCUCAAAUCAACCGUGACCAGCACCAGUGUCAUUACUGAGCCAACAAUCACCUCUACCAAGACAUCUCUCCUGACGGUGGACGUUGGAAGCACAAUCACACCCGAGCCCAAGACUGUCACCAAGACUGAAAAGGCGACCAUCACAGAUACAGUAACAGUCACUGGCAAGGAUAUCAACAAGACUGUGAAGAGCACUGUCACCUCAACCUCUGUUGUCACCGCUGCUCCAUCUACUGUUACUAUCAAGGAGACAGAAAUUGUAACCAGCGUCAAGACUACUAGUGCCAAGGCAGGAAAGACCACCUUGAUCGAAACUAUCACUGUUGGCUCUGGAGGAACAACAACCGUGAAAGCCAAGGCCACUACCGAAGUUCUUACUUCAACCUCCACCAAGACAGCCAUCAAAACCGUGACGACAACCGUAAGCUGUGACACUGCAGCUAGGAAGAUGAAGCGAGACAUUCUGCCCCGAGCAAACGCUGCUACAGUGACGGAUUAUGCUACGCAGGUUGUCUACGUUACCAAGACUAGUCUCACCACUCUCCCUGUCGCCACCGUGUACGUUACCCACAUCACGACAAAGACAACAUCACUGAAGGCCGCCACUGUGACGGAUGCCAUCACAUCCAUCUUGACCAAGUUGUCUACAAGCACUAUCCCAGCUGUCACUUCCAUUGUCACUGUGGCAGAUAUGACGUCCGUUGGCAAGACAACGACACUGAAGGCUUCCACCGUCACCAGCACUGCUACAACCUUGAUCCAGAAGCAGGCUACUGUCACCCUGCCAGGUCAGACUGUCACCAUCGUGAACCUGAAGACAGCGACCGUGAAGAGUACACUCAGCGUACCUGCUGCCACUACUACCGCAACAGUUCGGACUACUGUGAAGAGUACCACUGUGCUUCCAGCUUCUACCAGCACCAUUUACAAGACCUCAACAGUGACCAUCGAGCCUUCCGUCACCAUCACCGAUCGUGCCACCUCAACCUCCACCAAGGUUGUCAAGACCACUUCCACAAGUACCGCGGCUGCUACAAAGACUGCCAAGUGCUCUUGA